AUGCACAUUUCUUCUUCGAACCUUUUGUUAUGUAUUGCCCCCUUGAACUAUAGAUCAUAUCCACUGGACGAACAACUCCAUUCUGCACUGCUACUAAGUCGUCGGACUGAUCCACCAAGGGAAUCGUGGAAUUUCUCGCCCCCUUUCGGGUAUGUGGGUACUCAGAGUCCUCUCACUACCAACCAGCCAUAGACAGCAUCUAACUGGGUCUUGCCGGAGAGAUCAGAGCAACAGGGAUCGCCUAGACAACGCCCAUCCUGAGCUGCAGUAAGUAGAUCGAGAGGUUGUUCCACCCCUUGCCCCCAAAGAUGGGUAAUAUGUUUUCAUACAAUUUUGCUCCAAUCUGACCUAUCCAGCGAGCGAUCCCAGUCCGCGGCAGAGAACAAGACAUCAAGCGAGCUUGUUCGCUUUAUUUCCACCAAGCACGAAAGUGUCAGGAUAAUUGUAGGUCGGUGGCUACCUAAGGAAACUCUGCUUUGAUCUGCCUCAUGGCUAGGAGGCAUCUACCUCAUCCCGAUCACAAGGAGAGGUUCACCAUGCCUACUCACUCAGACAAUGCUCUUCACACUUUUUUGUUCUGUUUCGAAUGCCCCCUUCCCCUGA